GAAUCGUCCCAAUCCCUCGGAAACAAAGCGAAAAACAAAAACUUCAACAACAAAGCAGCAAAUCAACCAUUUUGACUGCGCAUUCGCUUUUUCCGCUUCUCUACCACCUUUCAACUGCACAUUUCUAGCAAAUUUUGCUCCGAGGACGCAGGAUUGCGAUAGAUUGUCAAAAUGGCCACUAACGAUACCCCUCAGGCUUCUACCAACUACAAGGAGGCUUUCUCUUUAUUCGACAAGCGAGGCAACGGCCGUGUUUCUCUCGACAGCCUAGGUGAUCUUCUCCGCGCCUGCGGCCAGAACCCUACACUAGCUGAGAUUAGAGAUUUGGAACGAAAUGUUGGUGGUGACUUCGACUUUGAGACCUUCUCGAAAAUCCUGAACCGACCUGGCGGCUUCCGUGAUCCCGGCGAGCCCGACGAGUACUGCCGCGGCUUCCAAGUCUUUGAUAAGGACAUGACAGGCUUUAUUGGUGUCGGCCAACUGAAAUACAUCUUGACGAAUUUGGGAGAGAAGAUGACAGAUGAGGAGGUAGACGAACUUCUCAAAGCUGUGGACACUAGCUCGGGACAAGUCAACUACACUGAUCUCGUCCGAACAAUCCUAGCCAACUAAAAAUAUUUCGCCCUCGUGCAUUGAUGGAAGCCGGAGUUUAGAGGCGUAGAAAUUCUUAUAUUCACCCGCAAUGCUUACGUAGGAAACAUGAAGCAUCGACGCAUACACCGCAUGGCAUGGCAGGGAGAUGAUGACAUGGCGUUUUCAUAAUUGACGGGAAUGGUUAUAUGAAAUUGGGCAGGCCUGCUUAGUAUCCUAUGACACCUGCAAAAAUAGGCCAUUAGGUCGUAGGUAUGGAGGAUAGGUACAUAAACGAUCAAUAACGCAGAGGCAUUCAGAAUUGCCUAACUGCAUUCACCAAUCA